AAUGGAAUCAGCUGUAAUAUAAUUUAUAUAAUUAUAUAAUGUAGCGUCGUUAUUUAUCCAUAGCAACUCAUUUAUGGACAAUAGACCUCUAAGAAUCAAUAGUCGCACUGUAUAGCUAGUAGUAUUCGACUUAACGAGUGUUGUAUGACUCCCAUUGUUUUUGCCGUAGCAUCCUAUUUGAAAAUGUAUUAAGUUAUCCACAAUUGGACACGUUUAUCUGUGUACUUAUAAUACGUAUAUUAACCAUACAUAAACAAUUAGUGUAUAUAAACCAUGGAAGAGUUUGCAGACACUAAAGAAGAUGAAAACAAAAAAAUUGUUCACACCUAUCCACUGGUGCAAUGUGAUAUGUCAGAAGAAAUGAAAGCUGAAACGGUUGAAGUUAUAAUAACAGCCUGUGAAAAAUUUGGAACAGAUUACUUUGCGGCAGCCAAGACUGUAAAACAAAUGCUCGACAAAAAAUACGGUCCACAAUGGAACGCGGUGGUCGGAGAAGCGUUCGGCAUACAGAUAACCCACCAGACCAAUACGUUGAUGUACAUGUUUUUCGGUGGUAAUCUCGGCAUUUGUGCCUGGAAAAUUUGAUCGCAACGUUGAGACUAUGAGUUAUUCUAAAAGCUAUAAUAAUAUUAAUGUAAUAGAAUAUUAUUUAAUUGUUAUACUAAUACAACUAUUACAACUAUAAUGUCAUGUACCUACUAUAUAAAGUAUAAACUAUGUAUAUUUUAUUACUAAACA